GCAACCUCUUUGGCACUUACAAGUUCAACCACGCAGGGAAAAACACAUUAUGCGCGCUAAUUAAACUCUUUUUUUUUCUACAUCCAUGUGGCGUCUAGAACCACCCACGGUGGUUCUUUGCAACUUUUUGUCCACUCAUCCGAAUCGGCCAAUCAUGCUCUCUGCUCGAACCGUUUCGCCGCAGAAACUAGCACGAGAAAACAUGGGAAGAGUCAUUUACAAACCUCGUAGUCUAUCUUCUAUCCCCGGAAUUUUUUUAACCUUUCUCUUUUUAAAACUCUCCAUCAUAACCAUUAUUUUACAACUACGGGCCUUGGCUUUAACUACCCCAGAGUUUUUGAAGCACCGUUGUUAUUUCUUCGUCUCUGAUCUGAUCCUCCCGGAGCGGCCCCACUAUUCCGUCUCCGGUCCCCGGAACACGGCUCUUUCGCAUCUGCUGAUUCUCUGUUUCAGCCUGUGACUUCUCCUCUUCACAACACAACAACUUCCAGAGGGAAUAUUCAUCCAAAAUGCUUCCCUCUAUCCCAGUUCUAGCCGAGUAUGGUAUCUCGCCAACUCACGGCUUCCUCCCGGAUACUCUUCCCUUAACCCGUCUCCCGGAUCCUUACUACAACAAAUGGGAAGCCAUCGCCGCAAACCUCCAGGCUCUUAUUCUCAGCCGCAGACUUCGCGGUGUUAUCGACAGAUUACCCGUUCUGUCGACAAUCGGUCUUGAGCAUGACGCUGAGUGGCGACGUGCCUAUUCGCUGCUAGGCUUCAUGGCCCAUGGAUAUAUCUGGGGUGGUGAUUCACCGUCAGAUAGACUUCCUGCAUCUAUCUCUGUUCCUCUGUUGGAGAUCUCGGAGCAUCUGGAGGUACCGCCUGUUGCGACGUAUGCUGCUGUUUGUCUCUGGAACUUUAAACCCCUCUUUGUUGACGAGGAUAUCGAUAACCUUGAGAAUCUCGCCACUCUAAACACAUAUACUGGAGCUCUUGAUGAGUCGUGGUUUUAUCUUGUUUCAGUCGCUAUCGAGGCUCGUGGCGCGCCGAUUAUUCCUUUAAUGCUGACGGCUAUUGCUGCUGCUCGCCAUGGAGACAGUGCUGCUGUUACGCGCUGUCUGCGCACUUUCGCAGAGCGCCUCACAGACUUGACGAAUAUUCUUCAGAGGAUGCACGAGAGUUGCGAUCCCACCAUCUUUUAUCACCGAAUCAGACCUUUCCUUGCUGGAAGCAAGAACAUGGCAGAGGCUGGCCUCCCCAAUGGUGUCAUUUACGAAGAUGGUUCCGGCACUGAGGAAUACCGACAAUACAGCGGUGGCAGCAACGCUCAGAGCAGUUUGAUUCAAUUCUUCGAUAUCAUUCUUGGAAUCGAGCACCGUCCAACAGGCGAGUCUCGCGAUCCUUCUUCAGACACCGAUCGAGGCCGUGCUGCGAACCGACACAACUUCAUCAUGGAGAUGAGACGCUACAUGCCCGGUCCUCACGCCCGCUUCCUCAACGACGUAUCCAACGUCGCCAACAUUCGCGAGUACGUCGAAUCCCACCACUCAGACAAACAACUCUGCCUCGCCUACGACGCCUGUCUCGCCAUGCUAAGCGCCUUCCGCGACAAGCACAUCGCCAUCGUGACACGCUACAUCAUCAACCCGUCCAAGCAAGUCCGCGCGCGCAGCCGCUCCCGCAGUCCCGAAGUGACCCGCAACAAGCUCAACCUCGCGGUCGCAUCGCGCAAGAACAGGGAGAAUCAGAAGGGCACGGGCGGCACGGCUCUUAUUCCGUUCUUGAAGCAGGCGAGGGAUGAGACGGGUGAGCCGGCGGUUGAGGAGUGGACGAGGCGGUUUAUGAAGAGGAAGAUGCAGACGGAGGGGCGGAAUGAUUUCUUCCUGGGGAAGACGUUGCAGGAUGAUGUUAGUCUGACGGAGGAUGUGGAGAUUAAAGGCCUCGCUGGGUCGUGGACUAUGGAUGAUGAGAUUGGCGGUAUUUGCCAGUAUUAGAGGAGGAUUUUAUACCAACGAAAAUGAUGAUUGAUGGGUAAAUUACAUGGCUUGGGUAAGGGAGUAAUUGGAUAAUUUAUGGUAAAUGCAUAUGAUCAACUCAUUGCAAGCGUUGGAAAUAGAUGAACAAUACUACAGUGAACUGCAAUCGCUUUUUUGUUCGUAAGCUGAAAUACGCUCGUAUUCUUGAGCACUUUCAAAACAGAGGGUAAUUUUUCUCCAA